AGACCAUCCUGUCGCUGAUCAUCGUACUUGCCACCUGCCUCACUCCUCUCCUCUUCGCAACAUCACAAGGAGAAACGCGGUCAUGGGUAGGCCACCCAGUAACGGAAGCCCUGCCUUCCGCUUUACUCAGGCUGAGGUUGCAGAAAUGGAGGCAAUUUUGCAAGAGCAUAAUAAUGCUAUGCCAGCACGUGAUGUUCUUACUGCUCUUGCAGAGAAGUUCAGUGAAUCUCCUGAACGUAAAGGGAAGAUUACUGUGCAGAUGAAGCAAGUUUGGAACUGGUUUCAAAAUAAACGGUACGCUAUAAGGGCGAAAUCUAGUAAGGCUCCUGGAAAGUUAAGUAUUACUCCGAUGGCUCGAGAUGAUUCAACUCCAGUUAGAAAUAUGCCUCAACCAAUGGCUACUCCUAUGCCUCCUGCUUCAGUUUCAACAGGAAAAGGUGCUCCAGAAAACUCAGCAAUGGAGUUUGAAGCUAAGUCUGGAAGGGAUGGAGCAUGGUACGAUGUUGCCAACUUUCUAUCUCACAGGCAUUUGGAAACCAGUGAUCCGGAAGUUCUGGUCCGAUUUGCUGGUUUUGGACCUGAGGAAGAUGAAUGGGUUAAUGUCCGAAAAAACAUCCGGCCUCGCUCUCUGCCAUGUGAAUCAUCAGAAUGUGUAGCAGUGCUCCCUGGGGAUCUCAUACUGUGUUUUCAGGAAGGUAAGGAGCAGGCUCUUUACUUUGAUGCUCAUGUCCUGGAUGCUCAAAGGCGGAGGCAUGAUGUUAGAGGCUGUCGUUGUAGAUUUCUGGUUCGUUACGAUCAUGAUCAAUCAGAGCAGGAAAUUGUUCCACUUAGGAAGGUUUGUCGUAGGCCUGAGACCGAUUACAGGUUACAACAACUUCAUGCUAUGAAUGAGGCAACACCGGCGGACCAGCAAAAGACCGGCAUGGACUUUACGCCUGUUCAUGCUGUCAGGGUUACAAGCUCAGCUGAAACAGUGCAAAAACAGCCGAGUGCAAACAUCGCCAUGGCCCCACAAGUUUUGCAAGCUACUGUUACUUUAGCCCCACAACCUAUGAAUGUAGAUCAGAGAAAAGCUGAAGUUUCCAAUGAUAUGACUGGAGGAAACACCGUCAUACGCCCUGGCGGUGCUGCAUUUACCACCAGUGUCGUUACUAGUGGUGUUCCCCCAAGUGGAACCACAUUUACCAGCAAUGUUGUUGCUAGCAGUGUGCCCCCUGGUGUUACUGCAUUUCCCAGCAAUGUCGUUUCAAGCAGUGCUCCGGUGGUUUCGAGUCAGAAUCUGGCUGAAGGAAAAUGAUUAGAGGCAUGUUUUCUUGUCUCGUUCUCCCUUUUGAGGUCAACUUUUCAUGCGCUCGUUUUUGUUCAAACAGUUAACUUGCUGGUGAAUAUCAUCUUUCUGCGCAUGAUGCUUGUACAUGAGUUUUCUCUUGCUGCUUUAUGUGAACCCUGGAAACUGAAAUGAAGAGAAAAAUCUUACAUUUUGGCCAUCA